UUGUGUAUUUUGAUUUUCGUUUUCGGUUACACAAAUUUCCUGUCUCCCAUAGAGGAUUUACUUUAUUUUCUUUAGUAAAAUGUCUGAAAAUCUUUCUCUCUUGUUUUGUGUAAAUGAUAUGGUUGGUUGAGUGACUGUUUAAUCAGGAUUACUUCUGCUUUUAUUAAAUUUUAUACCAAUCUUGGUUAAUGGAAAUUAAAAAAUGGAAGUCUUAGAGUUCAUUAAUGCCAAAACAGUACCAGAUAUUGUUCAUACAUAUACACCCACUCUUAGGAAUAAUGAAGUUCCAAUUAUUAUUGAUAAUGGUUCCUAUACUUGCAAAGUAGGCUGGGCCACUGACCCAGAACCCCUCCUGCAGUUCCGGAAUCUCAUAGCAAAACCAAGAAGGGAGAGAUCUAAAAAAGAUACAAUUGAGCUACCUCAGACACCUCAGCUUCAAGUAGGAAAUGAUAUAGUUAACAUUGAAGCAGUUAGAUUUCAGUUGAAAACACAAUUUGAUCGAAAUGUUGUUACUCACUUUGAAGCUCAAGAACACUUGUUAGACUAUGCUUUUAGUCAUCUGGGAAUUAACACUGAGAAUUGUGUUCCUCAUCCAGUAUUGUGUACAGAGGCUUUAUUAAAUCCUAAUACAUCUCGACAAUUAAUGUCAGAGUUGCUUUUUGAAUGUUACAACAUCCCAGCAGUCUGCUAUGGAAUAGAUUCUUUAUUUGGGUAUUAUUGCUUUGAAGAAAAGCCUCCAGAUUUUUCGGGAAAUGCAUUAAUAGUCCAUUUAGGGUAUCAAACGUGCCACAUAAUCCCAAUUUUAGAUAACCAAGUAGUUUUUGAGAACACGAGACGACUUAAUACAGGGGGCUUUCACAUAGUUAACUUUCUACACCGACUGCUCCAGUUAAAGUAUCCAGUACAUGCUACUUCCAUAACAUUAAGUAGAGCAGAAGAAAUACUACAUAGAUUAUGUAAGGUUGCAACUGAUUAUAGAGAAGAGCUGAAAAGAUGGGCGAAUGUGGAGUUUUAUGAAGGCAAUGUUAAGAAAAUACAACUGCCGUUCACGUUUAAUCCUGUAAAUACAGCGAUAACGCUUGAACAGCAGAAGGAAAGAAAAAGAGAAUUGGCAAGAAGGUUAAUUGAAAUUAAUGCAAGAAAAAGGGAAGAAAGGUUAGCUGAGGAUGAGGAGAGAAUAGGACAGCUCUUAGAUAUUAAGGAAAUGGUAGAAAUGGGAGCUGACAGGCAAACGGUUGAAAGAACACUUCUUGAAUUUCAAAUAAAGAAUGUUUCGGAGUUAGAGAAGAAUAUCCUUCACCUCAACAAUAAAAUCGAGAAAACAAAGCAGAAAAUAUUGGCAGCUUCGAAUAAUGUUGAUGAAAUUGAUGAACCGCCUCCCCCAAAACAGUCAAAGUACUCCAAAAUGGCUUUCGAGAGUGAUAAGGAGCUGUUUGUAUUUUUACAGAAUAUUAAAAAAAUGAGGCAAGAAAUUUUAACAAAGAAGAUGAUUAGAAAACAACGGAAACAAGAUAUGGCCAAGCGUAGAACAGCAGCUGGUCAAGAAAGGAUGAGAAUUAUUUCGCAAUUGGCGAGGAAAGAGAAGGGAAAUGAUGAUUUUGGCAUGAGGGACGAGGACUGGGAUAUUUAUAAAACUAUUAGCAAGGAUGGUGGAGACUCCGAUAGUGAGGCUGAAAACGAAAAACUUCUGGAGUUUGAUGAAAUCCUUCGGGCACACGAACCUUCUGAGCUGGGCGAAAGUUCUCAGCCAGGGGAGGCUCAUCAACUUCAUAUUGGAGUUGAAAUGUACAGAGGACCAGAACUUUUGUUUAAGCCAUACAUGUUUGGGAGUCAAGAAGCUGGUUUGUCAGAAGUCAUUGGUUAUGUCUUAUCUCUUUUUGAUGAAGCCAGUCAGUUAAAAUUAGCAUCAAACGUCCUAAUAACCGGAGCGCUAGCCAACCUUCCAGGCUUAAAAGAACGAAUUCUUACGGAUUUAAUAUCAAUUAGACCAUUCAAAUCAACAGUGAAUAUUGCCAUCAUAAAAUCCCCGAGUUUGGCUUCUUGGUAUGGGGCCAGAAAUUUCGCUAAAAGCGAAGAGUUUAAGGAUUCUUUGCUGACAAAGAAAAUGUACCAGGAAAUGGGACCGGAAUAUUUUAAGGUUCACAAGUGUUCAAAUCCUUAUAUACCUAGUCCUAGUAUCAGUAGUAGUAUGAUUGAAGUUGUGGAUGUAAUUUAGGGUACAGCCUAGUCAUUGUACAUUAUUCUUAGAGUUUUUUUUGUUCGUGUAUGUGCGUGGGUGAUAAUUUAAUAUGAACUAGUUAAGUCAGUUAUAAUUAAUAAACUUUAAGAGAUA